AUGGACUUCCCGUCGCAGUAUCCCGAUUCGCCUGCCAAAUCGUUGGCAGGUCCAGCACGCGCUCGUGUCAUGGCACGACAGUAUCGCACUUCGUCCACCAAACCUUACGCAAGGCCCUCUAUUGGUCUCAUUGCUUCUGAUUCCAGCGCCUCUCUGCAUUCAAACGCUCCUGACUCUCCAGCGCAACUAAAACCAUCGACCCCAAAAGCAGUCAACAACAAGAGCAACAACAACAACAACAACAACAACAACAACAACACCACCACCACCACCACCACCAACAACAACAACAACAACAACAACAACAACAACUCACUUGCACCGCCCGCCACUCAGUCCUCGCGCUCUACCUUUUCACCCUUGCGCGUCGCUGCUUCACCCAUUGCUCUGCUCGGAAGCGUUCGAAAGAUGGUAACAAAACCUUUGUCAUGGCUCACCAGCGCCGCAGCAGCUGUUGAACCUGAAUUAGGCAUCCCAACAUCCUCCAGCACCAACUCGCUUUCGUCUAUAGCUCGUCGACGUGCUGCUGCUCAGGCUUCCAUAAAGCCCAGCUCAGAAGAGAUCGCUUACGAAAAGGAUGCUCCAACUCGUGCUGCUCGUGCUGUCGGCCAACGUCUUGCUGCUGGUCUACGAUCUCGAUCCAACCUUCACGAUGAUGAGGAGAGUCAGCUUCGUCCACCACCACCACCAACACCGCCAACGAUAAUGACAUCCAACCCCUCCUCGUCCAUGUCCAUGUCUAUGUCUUGCCUCGUUCCUGGUCCUGCACCUCCUCGACUUACCCGUAAACAAUCGCCGGACGAUGGAGCUAGCCCCUUGGCUGGACCUUCUUCUUUACCCAAGGUAGCAGACAGUGGUUCGAGCGACAAAGCUAUCACAUGGAGCAGCCGAUCCUCUAAACGUAUGCUCCACAUCUCAUCCCGACGAUCCGCCAAUCCCGACAACUCUCUCGAGGUAUUGAGUGAUGCAGAUUCAGCUUUACCUCCUCCUCAGGCUCAGCCUUACCAUCCCAGGAGCCACUACACACUACGAAGCCCACCUUCGCAGCUCCUCGGCUACCCUCGAUCCUCACUUCGACCUGAUGAUGCCAUGUCCGAGUCUGCUUCGACCUCUAUGAGCCACUCCAACUCGUUCAGCGCCUUUGGCUAUGGCAAUCAAGUUCGAUACGCCGACAGUGCCUUUGGUCUUCCGCCCUCCAGCUCCCCCUUCCAACUUUCUUCCCGUUCAAGCCGUGCUCCCUUCACCUCCAGCCUUCUUGCCCACGCUGCUUCUUCUGGACGCGCUUCUCGAGCAGGCAGCGUCAGCCUUCGAGGCGGAUCACCAGCACCUUCGACCGCAUAUUCACCAGCUCCUCCUCGCCCAGGCACACCACAACGCCGCAACUGGAACGGUAUCAACCUUGCAACUCCUUCCGCUCCCUCUGUUGGUGACGAGAUGAUGCGCGAGUACCUCUCCUCACGUACACUUCCCGCUAUCAACCCUACCAUUCGUCGCAGCUUGGGUCUGCCGACAGAUGAGCCCAUGAUCACUUCUUCUUCCGUCGCUGGCGGCAGUCUGAUGGACGAGACCGAAUCCUUGACUCCCAGUCGGCUCGCUAAGCGAGAUAUCGAUAUGAGCGUCGAUGGUGACUCGCAGAGAUUCGGCACCCCUUCAAAGCGUCGAAUGGUCUGGCAUCCUGAGCUUGGUUUCAUCAGUCACGAAGAACUCAAGGCGCGCGAGCCUAAGUUGCCAUCGCCAAAGAACGAAGCCGAGCGUUUGCUCAAUGUUCUCGAGACACUGCGCAAGCCCACCAACACUUCGCAUGGCCUUGGUACCAGCAAAGCUCCUCCAGCUACCAUCAACGUCCCUGCUCCUAUCUCUGAUCUUCCAGCCUCUGCCAGUAGGAAUGCCAAGUCGAACAAUGGAAAGCCCAGUGUCGGUGUCGCACCUUACACCAGGUACCUUCGUAAAGCCAAGGCUGUACAAGCGAGCGAGGGACAAGGAGGUAUGAGGGCCAGGUUGAAGAAGGUGCAGCCUGCCGCUUCUCGCGCCAACAUGAUGGACACGGACGACCUCGAUGAGGAUUCACGUGCUUCUGAGCCUGAAGAUGCUGAACAGGCUGAGGAAGAGGAAGAAGAGGAAGAACCAGCACCAGCACCACUCCAGCCAGAACCCAUCCGACGAUCGCGAAGACUCCAACAUCAGGCUCCCAGCUCUGACAAAGUUACACAGACCCCUGUCAAGCAGCAGGCCGACAAAGCUGCUUCUCGCAAUACACAGCUCAAGUCAGCACUCAAGGCCACACCCCUUCGACCUUCUGCUCAAAACCAAUCCACCCCUUCUUCCGCAAUCACAGAGACUCCUAAACCUGCUUCUCACCGUAUCCCUCUCUCCGCUGCCAACAAAGCCCCUUCUAGCACUGCCAAGAAGGACAACUUCUCUGUCAAGACUUCUUCCGAUCCCACAGCUCCCCGUGAACGCAGCUCGCUUCGUCAAGGAGCAGCCAAAACUUCGCGUACCCACCAAAGCUCUGGCAAGUUCAGCGCUUGGGACGAAGAUGAAGAAGAAGAGGAUCUACCGGAUGCUAGCGAACUGGCUAAGAUCAAGUUGCCUACCAAUAUGUUUCCUUCUGGCUUUUCUUUCGGUUCUUCUUCUUCCUCCAGCAGCAGCACUUCGACUGCUCCCGCAGCUGCAAGCAAGCCAGCUAUCAGUUCAUCUGACUCUUCAGCAUCAACCGGCGGUUCUCUGCUCGGCCGAUUGGGAGGCUUGGACUCAUCUGCUGCCCCCGCGACAGCUCCUGAGAAGAAAGCUGAGGCGCAUAAACCUGCAGCUUCAUCGUUCUCCUUCUCAGCUCCUUCCAAAGACGCACCCAACACGAUGUCCAAGUUCAGCUUUGGUGCUCCUGCCGCUGCCUCUGGCAAGGAUCAAAGCAACGCCACUGCUUCUGCCGAGGCAAACAAGUCAAAUGCUACUCCAGCCUCUGACUUCUUCAGCAAGCCUGCUGAACCUGCUGCUCCCACCUCGCUCAAUGAGGCAAAGAAGGAUGGUCCGGUACCCAACUUCUUCGGAAGCACAAUGAAGAAAUUUGAGACUGGUAAGCCUGCUGAUGCUCCCGCUGCUGCUGCUGCUUCGAGUACCGGUGGAUUCUCGUUUGGCGCUUCAGCUGCUGCAAGCAACAGCAAGGACUCAGCAGCGUCGAUGGAUAAGCCUGCUGCUGUCAGCUUUGAUUUUAAGCCAGCCAUCGACUCCACCAGCUCCACCAGCACUGCGCCCACAAGUAACUCUUUCGGCUCCUUCAACGCACCAAGACCAGCCGAGUCGACAGAAAAGGAAUCCGAGGCACCCGCUAGCGGCAGCAAGCUUUCCUUCUUUGGCGCUUCCUCUAGCACAGCCGGUUCAGGUGGAUUCACCUUUGGUGCCUCUUCUGCUGCUGCUGCUGCUGCUGCUGCUUCAACCGGACCCAAGCGUGGUGCAGACAAAGACAGCGAACCGGUAGCAAAGAAGAGUAUGCAUAGCUUCUCUUUCGGUUCCACUUCUUCCUCUUCCGUACCAGCUGCUGCCUCGUCUAGCAGCUUCAGCUUCGGCACCCCUACCACCGGCGAGAAGAAGGAAGAAACUCCCAAAUCUGACAUGCCAAACUUCUUCGGUGCAAAGGGAGACAGCAGUGCCACUGACGCAGCUUCAAAGCCUACAGCGUUUUCGGGUGAAUUCUCGUUUGGUAAGCCAGCAGAAUCCACCGCAACCUCUGCCCCUGCUUCUGCUUCGGGAUCGGCAGGAUUCAGCUUCGGUACGCCGAAACCCGCCCCUGCUACUGAUGUUGCUAGACCUGCACCGAGUGGAUUCAGCUUCGGCAGCACCACGGCGAGCAGUCCAGCACCCGAGUCUACGCCUUCAUCCACGUUUUCAUUCGGCGCAUCCAAACCCGCAUCCGAAAGCACCCCUGCUUCUGCGCCUGGGUCUGGUUCUACUACUCCCACAUUCUCCUUUGGUGCUCCCGCAUCCACCAGCGGUAGUGAUGCAAGUAAGCCACCACCAGCAAGCACGGGAGGAUUCUCAUUCGGCACUCCCUCUUCGUCUAACACUGGCUUUGGCAGCACUACUGGUGGAUUUGGCGGUUUCGGAGCACCCAAACCCAACCCUACCACCAACACCAACACCAACACCAACACCAACACCAACACCAACACCAACACCAACACCAACACCAACACCAACACCAACACCAACACCAACACCAACACCAACACCAACACCAACACCACCACCACUGGAGCGGGAGCGGGAGCGGGAGCGGGAGCGGGUGGAAACAGCAGCGAAAUGAUGGAUGAUUCUCCACAAAAAACCACCCCAGCUGCUAGUACGCCUAGUUUUACAUUCGGCUCUUCAACCCCUACCCCAGCCUCCACUGCUGCUAAACCACCCUCCACCUUCACUUUCGGGUCAUCCCCAGCCCCCGGCCCCGCUACCUCUACUGCACCGAACUCGGCGUCUGGGUCGACCUUCACUUUUGGUGCACCUUCUUCCACCGGCGCGGGCGGUGCGGGCGGUGCGGGCGGUGGAUUUAGAUUCGGAUCCCCAAGCCCCAAUCCCGCUCCUCCUACCUCUGCUGCACCUGCCAGCACCCCAUUUAGCUUUGGUAGCGGUGCAACUGGAACGACCACUCCAGGUGUAGGUUCUACUCCCGCAUCACCUUUCCUUGCGCCUCAAGGUGUACCGACUACUCCUGGUGGUUCACCUUUUCAGUUUGGCUCAAACCCUACCCCUGUCGCUGGUGGUGGAGCGACGUUCCAGUUUGGCGCUAGCACAAACUCUGCCUCUGCUCCUGGUGGUGGGGGUGGAUUUGGAUUUGGCACUCCUUCUGCUGCACCUACUUUCGGCGCGCCCAAUCCUACUCCUGGCUUUGGGGGAGGGGGAGGAUUUGGAACCCCGACAACUCCCAGCGCAGCUCCAGGAGGAGGAGGGUUUACAUUUGGCGGGGCAGCAAAUGGAAUCCCACAAUUACCCCAAACACCAGGAGCACCAGGAGGUGGAGCAAUGUUCAGUAUGGGUGCUUCCCCCAGCGGCGGUCCUAAUUCAACGGCGAACUCUGCUGGUGGUAGACAGAUUAAGCCUUUACGCCAGAGAAGACGCUAG